ACUUGGGCCGCCCGAGGCAGCAGCCGCCGCUUCUUUCGUUUUCCGCUGCGAGUGAGCGAGAUGUCGGCGCGCUGUCGCUCCGCGGGGCUCCUCCUCUAUGGGGCGCUGCAGCUGGUGGGGCUCCUGAAGGUGUCCUCACUACCGUACAACCCACUGAAUCAGAACCAGUGCCACAAUCCAAGCACGGAGCAAUAUGACGAAGCCAUCCAUAAAUGUUGCAGCUUGUGCCCUCCAGGUUCCCGCGUGCUUGAAAAGUGCACUGAGAACGCUGACACGAAGUGCGGAGCGUGUGAUGAGGGGACAUAUACAGAUGUCUGGAGCACAGCUGGACUCUGUUUCAGCUGUUCGCCAUCAUGCAAAACAGGAUUGGUUCAAACAAAGGAGUGCACUCGGACGCAAGACAGAGUAUGCCAGUGUCCUCCUCACCACUUCUGCCAACUGGCCCUCUCAGGUACCUGCAGGUGGUGCAAGUUAUACCAGCAAUGCCAAAAAGGCUACGGAGUCGCAACACCAGGCACAGAAAAGAGCGAUGUGGAAUGUGUGCCCUGCGGUCCAGGCACAUUUUCAGAUGUGGAGUCCCACAGCGCCUCCUGCAGGCCUCACAGGAUUUGUGAAUCAGAAAUCACUCCCGGAAACAGCACCCAUGAUGCAGUUUGCAACGAUCCUGGCGCGCCUGUUGUCACCAUGGCCACUCUUCUGCACACCACAGUCACUGAAAAGACUCGUUUGGUCACCACGAGUCCGACAGGGAAGUCGCAGGAGGUUCGGCAACAGCCUCCAGCAGAUGUGUCUCAAAUUGCUGGUUUGGUGGCCGGAGUGGCGUGUGCCGUAUUUGCACUGAUCGGAGGGACUUGUGCCUGUUUUGCUCUGAGGAAAAAAGGCCACCUUUACGUACUGCCUUUUGUCAAGGAAAAACAGGUGAGUGACAGCCUCUUUUCCAAUAUAAAGGAGAAUUUUGUAUUUUCAUCUCCAGCUAUACCAAGCAUGGAUACUCCUCCCUGCGUGCCACAGCCAGCAUCUGUGGGCAGCUCCAAUGUGCCUCUGCAAAUCCCCACUGCACUAGGUCACCGAGUCCAUGAGGCAUCUACCAUUUUAAUUACCCAUAAUACCCCUGACAUGGUGCUUCUCAUGGAGAACCAUGUUAAUAUCCCAAAAUGCCUUGGGCCGUUUUCGUGUCCCGAAAAUGCAUCCCCCAACUGGCCUCAGGACACCAACGCCCAGCAGCAGGAGGAGCAGAAUCUCCUUCAGGUCUCCGCCUCAAGCAGCGGGUCUUUAGAUAGCCCACUGGCCUCUGAGAAAAGCAGUGGGGUCAGCAGCGAGGGCACUUUAAGCACCGACACAGAGAGGACUCAACAAAGAUCUUCUCCAUCAAAUACCUGCGUGCAUCACAGUGGCGCAAAUUCAAGUAAGAAGUCCAAAAGCACCAGGUGGAAAGAUGGAGUAAUCGUUUGUGCAGUUAUCAAAACGAUCUCAGCAAACACCUUCUUCCAAAAUUUGGCCACCUUUCAGCCACCAAAUUUCAGUCCCGCCAUGUGUGAUUAUAUGUACCGACCACAUGGCAGCCCCUCCAACACAGUGAAGAUGCACAAAGGAGAGCUAUUGUGGAGUAAAGUGCCAGCUAUAAAUUGGUUUUGCCUUCUUAUUUUUUUAAUAACAGAGCAAUCCAGCAGUGGAGGAACACACGUCAACGUCAGUUGCACUGUCAGCAUCUGUAACGCUUCGGACCACAGCUUGCCGUUCCAGUUGCUGAAUGGUUUGGGUGCCGCCGAUUCCAGAGACUGCGCUUUAGCAGAAGACCUUCCCCUGUCAAAGGAAGAAAGCGCCUUGAAAAAGGAGAGCGGGGCGCAGAUUGCGGAAGAGGUUGAGGACAAUAUGGACGCGAUUGACCACAGCAUGGGGAAGGCACUUCCACUGAGCAUACAAGAUGUGGGCAUGAAGGCUACAUGAGGGAGGCUUGUGGAGACUCGCCGAGCGUGGCACAGCAGUUUUUUUGUAUGUUACAAAUGGAUCACAAGCCCGUCACGGGUUCUAGGGAAUCUCAGGUGCUUAAUUAGUACAUAAAAGGGGAAGAAAAUGAACUUUGUGAGAAAUAUACGUAGUAGUAUUGAAAUUCCAGGAUUUGUAGGUGACUAAAGAUGCAGAUUCUGGAGUGUGUUGAUCACAUUGCCCCAUUCCUCUCAUUCUGUGCCCAGUUGACACCUCAAAACAUGCCCUCCCCCCCGUGCCUCCAUCCCACCUUUUUCUUUCCAUCACCUCUUCCUGCUUUUUGGCCUACGUGUAUUAUUUUUGCUUAGGGUGCAGGAAGUCCCGGGUUCAAAUGCCAGACAAGCUCUGCCCAGGGAGUGGAGAAAUGCUGCCUGUGUUUUUAGCAACUGGAAGAGAGAUGUUGCUCUGUGGCAUUGUGUAGACCAUAUUGAACCAGAUGGAUUAAUGGUCCAACCAUAAGUCAGCUUCCCGUGGGAGCGUAUAUAGAGCACAUGCAUUGCAUGCAAACAAGUCCAAUCUUUGGUAUCUCCAG